AUGGAUAGCACCGCCUGCCAUGUCAUUUACGUCAAUCGCUCCGUCGCUUGCAAUCGCUCUGUUCCCGCUCCUUCCGACGAUCAAUCUCGAGACGACUCCGACGACGAAUUUCCCGAUCAUGUUCGGCGCGACAUAAAUCCUCUUCUAGAUGCUUUUGACCAUGUAUACGUGUGCUCUACAGGUUCUGCCUGUCUUCAACAUCUUCUCACCCUUCAAAAAGAGGACAGCGUCUGUUCCAUGCCUCCCACCAUUGUAUUAAUAGACACGCCUCACAAUGAGCAAAUACGUCCUUCUUCGCCCAUCUGGCCUUCUCUAGCUACCACAACCGAGCCCGCUCAGUCCUCUCAAGUUCGCGCACCGGAUGAGGAAGUCUACGGUCUUAAACUUCUCCAGCAAAUCAUCACCGAAUCGCACUUGCGUUGCAUGGCCAAGCGCGUCAUUCCCAUCCCCGUCAUCUCCUACCCCGAGCAAACUUCGCAUCAGACACGCGAGCAAAUGACGGACGGUGCCACCGACAUUCUCUCCCCGGUUCCUCUCAAUACUCUCGCGGCUCAUCGUUCGCUCAUCGGAAAGUGCCUCGAUCUUGGCGCCGUUGAUGUCAUCAUCAGCCCUCUCAGCUCAAAGUGCAUCACUACACUCGAGAUUUGCGCUUACAAGGCGCAUCGGGACGCUGCUCGCGAGCAACAGCAACUUCUCGAAAUUACUCAUGGCCGUAAACGCUCCUGGGUCGGUGUCACCGAUCAGCAGCCUUUUGCCUACCUGCGUGAGGCUAUGGUCUCCAACCUCAUGAAGGGCAUCUGUCGCAUGGCCCCCGACGACGACAACACUGCCCCCGCCUAUGUCUCCGUCUCUACUCAACGACAAGCUGACAUUGCUUCCGCCGUCGCCAAGUGGCAUUUCUGCGCCAACUCAUUUACUGACGAUGAAUUGCUCGUUGCCGCCAUGUUCAUGUUUCAGCACGCACUCUCCAUGCCCGAACUCGAACGUUGGUGCCUUCCCGCUGACCAACUCGUCAAGUUUCUUGUCGCAUGUCGUACCGCUUACAACAGUUUUGUACCAUAUCACAACUUCCGCCACGUCGUUGAUGUACUCCAAGCAACCUUUCACUUUCUUGUCAAUGUGGGUGCUUUGGCAAGCUACCCUCCUCGAGCUCCUACGACGCCUGUUCCAAAAUCACCCAUUGCGUCACUUUUGACCCCGUUUGAUGCCUUGACCUUACUCAUCACCGCUAUUGGCCAUGACGUCGGCCAUCCCGGCGUAAACAACGGUUUCCUCGCUACUUUGAAUGCCCCACUCGCCCAGCUCUACAAUGAUCGCUCCGUGCUUGAAUCAUUCCACUGCGCAGCCUAUGCACAAAUUCUCCGCAGAUACUGGCCCGCUGCCUUUGAGGAUAGAGGCAUGCGUGCCCUCAUGAUUAGCUCUAUUCUGGCCACCGACAUGGGCCUUCAUUUCGACUACAUGAAGAAGCUUGGUGAUUUGCAGGAAAAGCUUCACGACAACAAUAGCUCCGAAGGUUGGAACGGCCGUCAGCUGGAAGAGCACAAGGCCUUGGCUUGCUCGCUCAUCAUCAAGUGCGCCGAUAUCAGCAACGUAGCCAGGCAUCACGAUGCCGCUGUCAAAUGGAUGCACAUCUUGGUUGAAGAGUUUUCGCGGCAAGCAUCUAUGGAGGGUGAGCUCGGUAUCAAGUCUUCGCUCAUCGCCGAGCCUAAGAGAGACUUGCUGUCGCUAUCGAAUGCCCAGCUCGGUUUCAUGAACAUGUUUGCCAUCCCUCUGUUUCAAGGCGUUGCUGACAUCAUGCCUUCCCUCAUAUAUGCCGUGGACGAGUUGGAAACCAACAGGAAAAUUUUCGAACAGAAGGUCCACGAUGAAAAGUUGAGGCAGGCCAAUGACGAAAUUGAGCGACGAAAAUUGCUGCGUGAAGGAACUUUUUCGCCGAAGACGAGAAGCUGGGUUGUCGCAGAUAGUGACGAGAACGCACAAGGUGUCGUCGCAACGUCGCAACGGACCGAGGGCUCCGAUUCAACUGUGACUCAUGCUGCCGAGCUCUCUAGCAGUGAGCAGCUUGAGCCGGCAGAGGAAAGCAGCGCCGAUGCUACAGCCGCUGCGCAAAACAUGCACAACACGGUGCGAAAUUUCUACAACCCCGCUCAAUCGGAAGAUGAUGUCUACAGACACUUGAACGGCACCUCGUCGGCUUUUGAUGCUGUGCGUGACUUUGCUGAUAGCGAUCCUUUUCACGUACGGCCAAGAGAUGACAGCGGUGCUGACGGCAAAACGAGUCUGGCUACGAGACAGCGCUGCAGCGAGACCACCGAUGGCAGUGUUUCCGGAGCUUUGACCGGCGACUGGGCAUCUCAAGCCACCAGCGCUACAGGAAAGGCCAACCUGUCGCCCAGCACACAAGGAACAAGCAUCGUUAGCAACGACUCAAUGGACCACACCGUCGGGUUGCCCUCGUUCAACGUUACGCCGCCGGGCCCACAAAGCGACCCUCCACAGAGCAGGGAUGGCCCGCCAGAGCAAGACAUGAGCGAGUCAAUUUCUAAUUCAGGAAGCAUUGGUAGGGCAGAAGGCAAGUCUCUUCGCAAAAGGACUAGCAGAUUCAGGAUGAAGGAUUUUCCUUUCUUUAGAAGGAACAAGGGAUCCAACCCUUCGAGUCCCCCCUUGCCUGCUGCCGACGCCACGAGCUGA